UCCACCGGGGACAGCCCUGUUAAACGGAGCGGUAGCACGGACGGACGCGUUCACCGUGUAUCGAAACACUUAAAGCAAAAUCGAAAGAAGAAGAAGGAGAAGAGCAGAAGAAACUUGACGAGUCUUUCUUGUUUGAGGGCAACAGUUCAACAGUCAUCAUGGCAGACGAAGCAGACAUGCGCAAUGAGCUGGCCGACCUGCAGACACGCGCAGACCAGAUAGCUGAUGAGUCUCUGGAGAGCACUCGGCGUAUGCUGGCUCUGGUUGAGGAGAGUAAAGAUGCCGGCAUCAGGACUCUGGUCAUGUUGGAUGAGCAGGGAGAACAACUGGAGCGCAUCGAGGAGGGGAUGGACCAAAUCAAUAAGGACAUGAAGGAUGCAGAAAAGAAUUUGAACAAUCUAGGACAGUUCUGUGGUCUAUGUUCAUGUCCCUGUAACAAGAUUAAGGGUGGGGGCCAGGCCUGGGGAUCGAACCAGGAUGGAGUGGUGAACAGCCAGCCAGGGGCUCGAGUGGUGGACGAGCGUGAACAGAUGGCCAUCAGUGGGGGCUUCAUUCGCAGGGUAACAGAUGAUGCCCGGGAGAAUGAGAUGGAUGAGAAUCUGGAGCAGGUGGGCGGCAUCAUUGGCAAUCUGCGUCACAUGGCCUUGGACAUGGGCCAGGAGAUUGACACCCAGAACCGCCAGAUUGACAGGAUCAUGGAGAAGGCUGAUUCCAACAAGACCAGGAUUGACGAGGCCAACCAGCGUGCGACAAAGAUGUUGGGCAGUGGCUAAACUGCAGUGAAAAAGUGCUUUCAUCCCCGUUUAACCCCAGGCACCCUAAAAAUAACAACACCAACCAAACCCAGCCCGACCCCCAACACCAACGGCGCCCUCUUCCUUGGCUCAACAGCAGGCGCUACAAUAUCAUGCUUUUAUUGUGAUACUUGUAGAAGUUUGUACACAUGCACAUAUCAUACAUCCUUCUGCCCCCCCCCAUUCCUGACCAUCCCUUCCCUCAGUCCCUUCCCUCCCCUUAUUGUCAGUGUUGUUCUGUGUUGUCACUCUUUUGAUUUUGUUAAGAAAUAAUAGUUCUGUCACACAACGUCCACUCAAACUCUCUCCAUACUGUACAUAGUGCUUCUUAAAUGGCUUAAUUGAUUUAGAUCACUUGUCCUGUGUUCUUCAUCACUCUUUUUUUUUAAGUCUGCGUGUAAUAUAAACUGUAUGUACACCUUGUUCCAUGAUGCCCCCACCCCCAUGUCAGUAUUCUGAUGUUGUCCAUGUGAGACACACUGUGUAUUCAUCCGUUAAGAUGUCGUGAUGGUACAUGAUAAGGCCACAGUGAUUUGUUGUUAAUAUAGUGAACAUGCAACAUGCACAGCUUGUAACCAAGGCCGUUGUUUGAAUACAGUUAUUUAAUGUAGAUGUGGAGCCACUCAGAUCUUAAUAACAUAGUAGACCAUGGAUACUCAGUGAAGUAUUUGCAAGUAUUUGAGCCAUUUGGAUGAAAAUAUGAACUUUUUAGUCAUGACUGUUAGUGCACCAGUCUUUCACCAACUCUACUAAUGGAGCAGCAUUAAAACAGUUUGAUGCCAUAUACUGUAUAGUAUAUACUUUUUCCUCAGGGAGCUAAAUCUAACCAUUCAAAAGCAAGGGUUGAAUUUUGAAUUGAUUACUGACACUUCAUAUUUGUAUCAUAAGGCUCAGUGUCUGUGCGAAACACUGCGUUUGUAUGUGGUCUGAACAGCAUGAUUGAUGGGACUCUUGUUUAACAGACAAAUUAUUGGGCAUUAAUCGUAACAGCUAACUUUGUGAUUGAUAAUGAAAGGAGGUGGAGCUUUGCUUCGAGGUCAUAGUUCAGCAGCAACCAAUCCAACUGUUUGGCAAAGUUAUACACACACAUACCAGGCCAGACUGCUUUACCCGUGAUUCAACCCUAGCAAUAUCAAGUACCGCAUUAAGUGUUAUGCAUGUCCAUCCACUGCUAGAAGACACUGAAUAAUUCAUUUUUCCAGGCAAAAAAUAUCCUAACAUGGCAACCGCAUGCUACAUAUGUAGGCCACACAGAGGAGAGGCCCAUAUUUAUCUGCAAUAGUGCCACUCUUUUUGUUUCAUGUCUGUUUACCUUUCCAGACUGUGACCAUCACUGUAAAAUAAUACCUUGGAAAAUGCCAAUAAAACCAUGAUAAACAUAGA